AUGGCUGAAAUCAUCGGCAAAAGAGAGCGAAGGAAGAGUCUGGGAAUGUUCAGCUCAUCCCUCGCGUCGGAUCCCCCCGCCCGCCCUCCGCUUCAUGAUCGAACACCCUCGGACGAUACUUUGACGAGAGACAAGAAAGUCCGCCGAAAUUCAGGCUUCUUCAGCCGCUCGCACACCACAGACUUCGAUGGGUCCAACCCUCGCCCCGGGACUGCAGAUUCCGACACCGCUGCUUGGUCUGCAGCAGUGCAUGCACCCUCACCGAUCCAGCCCCUUCGCCCGCGGAGGAAGUCUUUCCAGAAAAAACGAAACUCCGUCUUCGGCUCUUUAAAGUCCCUCCAUUCGUGGGAAGACGACGACCCUCUCAGCGCCCCUGUUGUCUCAAUGGACGAUGCACCCAUGUCUGCUCCCCGAAAUGGGAUUUGGUCAUCAACAAUGCUGCACCACGGUGAGGUGCAGACCACGGGAGGCAUGUGGAGGAAGAAGAGUCAAUAUCUGGUCCUGACCGAUACGCACAUCAUUCGUUUCAAGAACCAGAGCAAAGCUGCAGAUGUCUUCCCCUCGAUCCCUGCGUCCUACACUCGACCUCCGGCUUCCCACCGCCAAUCAGUGGCUUCCAUCAGCUCAAUGCAGGAUAUGACACAACUGGCCUCCGGAGAUCCAACCGCCGGAAUCCCAUUGAACAGCAUUAUUGCGGUGUACAUGUUGGAGGACGCUCGUUUGUCGCCAUCGGUCGAGGUAGCGUAUCUGGAUGAGCGCACCCACAAAGCUACAUUGGUGCAGAUGCAGACAUCCGAUCUACAGGAUUUGAACCUUUGGAUGGUAGGCAUUCGUCAAGCUGCCCAGCUUGCUCGAACGAACUGCCCCAUGCCCUUCAGCCGGGGAUCCGUCGAGUAUGUCACUCGAAUGCUAGAGCAUGAACGAGACUACGACCCGGAGGCAUUCCGUAUGUUCAGGGUCAUUCAAAUCGCAUCCAGCAAGUCAAUCAACCGUUCUUCCUCUGAGGAUCUCACCAAGUUAUCGCCAACGGGCUGCUACCUUGCCAUUGGGUCCCACAAGCUUCAUGUGCUGCCCAUGCAGAAGAACGCCAAUAGAUCUUCCGUCGUAUCCCUGUCCGACUGGGAGUCUGCCACUUCGUUCGGUCUGAUGAAUUUGACGGGUCUCUCUAUGGAAUAUGGCGAUGACAGCCUGCAUCUGACUUUCCGCGUUCCUCUUAAGAAGUCGUAUAAUGUUUUCCUGGCCUCGGUCCACUCUGUCGAAGUCGCCUGCUGGAUUCGCCAGCAUACAGAGUACCUGCGUCCCCUGUGGACGAGACAACCAUACGAAUUUGUCGUGCCGAAGGAAUUGCAGAACGAGAACAACUUUCCACCGGUUCCCUUGGAUGAAGAUUACGGAUGCCUUGACCGCACAUUGGUAGCAUACUCAGCCAGCUACGACAUCGACACUUCAAACAUUCGAUACACCAUUGACUUGGACUGUGAGGAUGCGCCAUGCUUCCGUCUGCUCAAGCCCGCUUCCUCAAAGUCCUCGCGGUACACCGCUUUAGAGCUCAUUGCGGUGAUGCGUACAUUACGCUACAACGAGUUUUUCCGAUCAGUUUCGUUCCGGGGUGUCAAUCUCGAUGCAUUGCAAGGGUUGCGCGAUUCUCAUGGUGUCGAUGCGGACGUCCACCUUGACAGAAGCGGAAACUCCGUUCAUAUUCCUGGUCAACACAAUCUGACCGUUCUUUCACAAGAAGUGCGCGCACUGGCACUCAAGAGCAAAUGGCUGCGCCGAAUGGACUUCUCUCACAGUCUCACGAGAGUCCCGACACCGACUCUGGAAAAAGGCACUCGAGACCCUGGCUGUGGAAUCCCGGAGGCUAUCUUCCCCGUGUGUCGCCGGGAGUUAACAAGCGUGGACUGGGUUGUCCUGAACGGUAUCAAGCUCGGCGAAUCAGACCUGGACUACCUUGUUGAUGCGGCAUCGCAAAGACGAAGCCAUCUGCGAGCUCUGGAAGUGGGAGAUUGCGGAUUGUCUGUGCAUGAUUUGGAUCUCAUUUUAUCAACUAUCGUUGCGCAGGAAUCAACCCUCGAGGCAAUCAACAUAUCAGGUGUGCAGGGUCGACUCAACCCCGAUGUCAUUCAGCAAUACAUCGGGUACUUUGGACAAAUUCGGAAAAUCAAUCUGUCUCGGAUCUCGCGAACAUCUGGCACUGACCCAUUGAUUACGGCAGAAAUGCUUUUCAACUGGCGACUCGAAGAGCUAGCCCUCAGUCGGACGAUUAUCAAUCGCGAGACCGUAGACGCCAUCGCAACAUAUCUAGCCAGCGAUCGCUCUCAGAACCUGCACACGAUUCGGCUGGAUCAGUGUGGUCUGACAGGUGAAGAUGUCGCGAUGUUCAUGCACUCAAUGUCAGCUAUGCCUGGAGAAGUGCGGAGUCUGCAUUUGCAUGUCAAUGAGAACCGCCUCGACGAUGGAUGCUCCCAUGUUUUCAAUGCCAUCGCAAAGAACCAAACUCCCUCGCAUCUGUCCAUGCGCAUGAUCGAUUUCAAGAAAGAGGAUCAUUUCCGUCAGCUGGUGGAUUCGCUUCGAAAGAAUUCCACUCUCAAGUUCCUCGAUAUCUCAAAAGCUUCUCUUCCUUACGAUGCGAGCCCAGAGACCUGUCGAUCAUUACAGCUUAUGCUUGAGGAUAAUGAGACACUGGAGGCUCUGGACAUCAGUGGAGACAAUGCCCAUCUGGAUGUUGCACGUUUUGGUAUUGGUCUCAACCUUGCCCUCACUGGCUUGAAGAAGAAUAGCUCGCUCAAGGUCUUGAAGAUUGAGCACCAAAAGCUGGGUUUGCAAGGUGCGAAUACCCUGGCCUCCGUCUUGGAGGAGAAUGACUCGCUUCGCGAAGUGCAUUGUGAGAACAACGACAUCAAUCUCCAAUCUUUCACCGUGCUUGUCAACGGAUUGCAAUGCAAUCGCUCACUUCUUACCCUCUCCUGCAUGGACCGGGAUCGACUCCAAUCUCUUGAGAAGGUACGGAGAGAGGUCGACAACGUUCGCUGGGAAACCAGCAGCAGUCAAACUUCCACCGCAAACUCGAUUCGCCGCUCUCUUUAUGCAGCGAUGAGUGUUGGCCAAGGGCAGUCGGGUCAUCGGCUGCAGAAGGCACCGCCUGCUGUCUCUUCUUCGUUGGAAACUUCUCCAUUUGCCAACCACAAUGUCGAACUUGUCCUGGAUUCUUUGAACAGUAGAUGGGACCUGGAAGUAUCCCGGCUCCGUCGAUACCUACAACGCAACUCCAACAUCGCCCACGGCAUUGAAGACGAUGGCAUCGACUCUUCAAGUGACGGGCGCCCUGCCACAGCAGCAAGCUUGGGUACAAUGCUGGACAACCUCAAGUUCGACGUUGCAGUCUCAACCGACGAAAUAAAAGCCCCAGCAGAACCAACCUCCAUCCUCAUCCCCGAACCAAUUGACACCCGCUCCGUUUCUCCAACCAACAUCUCAGUCUCCAAACGCCAUCUAUCCAAACCCCGCCCCCACACCGCUCGGGCAUCCCAUUCCCAUUCGUCCGAAUACAGCACCGCCUCCACUCAAAGCUCCCGCCUCGCCCUCCCAGUUCCCCCAGUCCCAGCAAUCCCAGCAGUCCCGGGAUCCGCCCGGAAAGCCAGCAGUGUCCGCAGCGCGCGCUCAUCCACCAGUACCGUUUCAACAGGAACCGGCAGCGGUCGUAGCGCCUAUGGCACCGCCUCAUCAACCCUACGCGGCUUCCUUAGCGGCAGUGCUCUCCGCGAACGUCGCCGCGCAGAGGCCCGCAAGGAUUCUCGUGAAUCACGAGAUUCCCGGGAGUCAAGAGAGAUUCGCGAGCCCCGCCCUACAACCGUCUAUGCAAAUGAACCACCCCCAAAGCUCGACUGGGCCCCUCCCAAAAUCGACCUGGGCGAGUUGCAGUAA